AUUAGUGUUACUUCCAUCCGCCAUUUUCUUGGAACUUAUCGGGAGAGAGUGAAAAAGUUAAGAAAAUCAUGUCUUCUUCAGAACCUGAGCAGCUGCGAAAAAUUUUCGUCGGUGGUCUAAAUCGGCGAACAACAGAAGAAAGUUUGAAGGAGUAUUUUUCAGCGUGGGGGAACAUCGUAGACUGUGUUAUUAUGCGUGAAGGCAAAAAUGGGCCUUCGCGUGGAUUCGGAUUUGUCACGUUCGAUAACGCUCAAGCUGUUGAUGAUUGUUUGAAAGUGAAAAACCACGAGCUGGAUAACUGGGAAAUUGAACCAAAACGGUCGGUUCCCAAGGGCGAAGCUCAGUCGAGGACACGAAAGAUUUUUGUCGGUGGGUUGGCAAGCACGGCCACAGAGGAAGAUGUGGAAGAAUAUUUCACUGGCUUGUGUGAAAAAUUCGGCAAGGGAAAAAUAUUGGAUAUCGACCUCAAAAGAGAUAAAGAAAAUCCCAGCCGGCUCCGUGGCUUUGCAUUCGUCACUUUCGACAAUGAAGAAGUGGUUGAGAGCAUUUGUUCGAUCAGUUUUCAUCAAAUAAAGCUUAAGCAGUGUGAAGUUAAGAAGGCAGAAUCUCAAGCCACCAUGAGAAAGAAGGAGGAACAAGAGUUAAAGGAGUCACGACGCUCAAACGGAGCACUGAAUACUCCGAGCUCUGAAGGUUUCCCAGGUUGGGGCUCCAGUGGUGGAAGUUUCAAUGCAAUGAAUUCUGGAUAUGGAGGCUCUGGUGGAAGAGGGAAUUUUGGAGGUCCUGUCAGCAGUGGAGGUGGUAAUGGUGGCGGUUUUGGGACUGGUGGGAUGCCUGGUACUGGUAGCAUGGGUGGUUUUGGGGCUGGUGGGUUUGGUAAUCCUGCAGCAGCAGCUGCUGCAUUAAUGAGUGGAUUCAAUCCGGCAGCUUUUGGUGGAUUUGGUCCUGGUGCAAUGGGUAACUUUGGUCCUGGUUUUGGGUUCAAUGGUAUGGGAUUUGGUGGUUUUGGGCCAGGCUUUUUUGGUGGUUUUGGAGGGUUUGGCCCAGGCGGUUUUGGAGGGGGAGGUGGAGGAGGAGGAGGAGGAGGAGGAGGAGGUGGAGGAAGUGGUGGGACGGGAGGUUUUGGAGCCGGAAGUGGGUACGGCGCUGGGAGUGGUGCAAGUUAUGGUGGUGGGGGAGCCUCUGGAAGAGGUCAUUCCCAUAGUAGUUCUAGCAACUAUGACAAAGAUAAUUACAAUGAAGUUCCUUAUGGUAUGGGAGAUGUAAAGGGCAGCAUGGCCGGGGAGCGCAAUGUCUCCUCAGCUAUGGCAGGCUCUAGCGGUACUGGUGGAAGUUCUGUUGGUGGAUAUGAAGGGAUGAACAACCCAAUGGCUUCUGCUUAUGGCAGCUAUCCUGGAUUUGGCUUUGGAGGCUUUCCCUCCAUGGGUGAUUGGAAUCAGUUUGCUGCAGCAGCUGCUGCUGCAGGUGGUGGGGUUGGGGGAUCAGGAGGAGUGCCUGGUGAUUAUCAGAUGGGUAACUAUGGCCAGAUGAAUUCCAGCUAUGGUCCAGCCAAUCGUAUGAAUAGCCGUGGUGCAAAUGGAGGUGACAAAAAUAAUCGAGGAUUCAGACCUUACUGAGGUUAAUUGUAGCUGCAGUGAGUGACAGACAGUUACAGCAAGAGAACUGAACACAUUUGAAACAACAGAGUAGACAGGCAUUCACAGCCACUGCAUCUUAUUCAGAAGCUUGGAAGUGUGUAGUGUACAAAGAAUAGGGAAGCUGCUGCUGUAGACUUGAGAUGUAGGAAAUAACACAUAUAGAAACAGAUCGACAUUAACUCAUAAAGUUGGUAAAAUUAACAUUUUAGUAAGCUGGACUUUGAAUUGAAUCAUAGCUGCAGAGUGAUGUUAGCAAACAGCAGAAAUAUGUACUUACACAGUCAAAACAAUCAAUCUUAGCACAGUUCAUCCCUUCUUGAUCAAUUGUUUGAGAUAUUUUGCUUGUGAAUUGUAACAGCCCAUCAGAUUUACUCUAGCUCUUUGCAUGAGAUUUCCUAGCCUAGUUAUAAAUCAAGAAAAUAUCUUAAAUCUCCUAAAUUAGCAUAAAUUCAGAAAUUUGUUGUCUAGCAACAAAUUUGUGAAAUUUCCUAUUUUAGAUUAGUUUCCAUCU